CUUCACUCACUCACCACAGCUCCUGCUGCUCUCCUCUGCCCUCACCUCUCUUUGAACACACCAUGGCGGUCAUAAGGAACGAGGUUUUCUCCUGUUUUGUGUUCUACGCCGUGCUGCUGGUGGUGAAAAUGUACACCAUAGCGAUAAUAACGGGGCAAGUGAGGCUGCGAAAAAAGGCUUUUGCCAACCCCGAGGACGCAAUGAGACACGGAGGUUUGCAGUUUCACAGAGAGGAUCCAUAUGUGGAGAGAUGCCGGAGGGCUCACAUUAACGACAUGGAGAACAUCCUCCCCUUCCUCUUCGUCGGUGCCAUUUACUCCCUGACUGGACCUUCGCUGACCGUGGCUCGCCUCCACUUCCUCAUCUUCUUCCUUUGCCGCAUGCUACACAGCUUUGCCUAUCUGUUCGCCCUGCGAGCGCCGACCCGCUCUCUGGCCUACACCUUCGCACAGAUACCUUGCGUCUCCAUGGCGGUGCAGGUUCUCAUGGCGGUGGCGGCGUACGCCUGAAUAUCCAGAGACGAGUGACUGACACAGAAGUGGUGCUCUGGCUCGUGAGUGGUUGGUUCUGGUUUGUGGUCUUUGACAGAAAAAGCAGGAGGUGGAUACGGAGCAGAUUCCUAGAAGAGGCUACUCUCUCUACUUGGAUUUGUGAGGUUUUGUCAGUAUUUUUUAGUGAGUUCACUUAAGUUAUUUUGUACUGUACUCGUGUAUUUAAAAUGCAUAUGAAGGUCAUGUUGUCUUAUUUUUAAACCAGGAUUUGUUGAAAUGGAAUUCAGUCUUAGACAUUUGGCUCAAGCUGCUUAUGAAUGUUUUCAGCACAGCACUGUGUCAGUGUGUUGUCUCCUUCCCCCCACUUUUCACAAACCACCGCCAUUCAUGCGGCACUCCAUUCACUGAGGCUUCAUCCAUUCAUUUCCUGUGCGGAGAUUUCAUCUGUUGCAUUAACAUUUGUUUGCAUUGCUACCUGCAACAAAAGGUAUCAUGGAGCCGGGCCAUGGUGACUGAUGAUGUGUUGACAGGUUUUAAUGCCAUGCAGCACACGCAAUACAAACUGAUGAGUUAAAACUGUCUUAAGUGUCUUCUGGGGGAGGAAGAAAGGUAAACUAACGGAGUUUGGACUGAGAAAUGAGUCUUAACAAACAACCAGCCAAGAA